AUGACCACUCCAGUAGCCAGCAGUAAUAGAUCUGAUGUAUUGACGAUGGUAGAAGAAUGGGAGAAAAAUAUGCAGGGGCAACUGACUACAUAUUUCCAAGACCUUAGGGGAGAACUUGACGUGAUCCUAGCUUUAUUAUAUUUGAACCCUAAGAAACUGGCAGCUACUAGACGAGUGUCAAAUGAGAAAAUUCUCAAUCCGAAUGCUGCAGACUCAAUACUUAAUAAACCACCACCUGCAUUAACAGAACCGACAUCCACAACUGAUCUGAGAUUGUGGCGAGUAUAUUUGAGCAAAGACCCAUUACAGGAGCUGCCGGGGAGCCCAGACAACAUGGGGCACUUUGUAAUAACAGGUCAUACUAAGUUGUUGGAGGAGUCCUCCCGUGCUGUGAUGAUCAAACCCCCAGACAGCAGUGCACGGUUGGUCGUUCUUGAACAAUUGAAGCUCGUUAUUUACACAUUGCCAUGGCAGAAAUUAUUCAUAAUCGUGAAUCAACAUCCUUCAACAACAUCCAUACCAUCAUCGAUCACUUCUCAAAGUUUAUCUACUAUUGACCAUGGGGACGAGGAGCUUCAAAUCCUGUUAAAGCGAAUUGAAUGGCCUUUACCACCAAUUCAGAGGUCUUUUGAAUUUUCUACAAACCCAAAAGCAUGUGCCUAUGUUUUGCUAAACCCACAUCCCACUUACACAAUAGAGCAGAAACUGGAGAUUCGGAUUAUAGCCAAGGAUCACAAAGGCAGACCAAAGACCUAUGGUGGAGAUUUUUUCCAAGCCAAGCUUCACUCCACAAAGCUGAAAGCUGGGGUUAGCGGAUCUAUCACUGACCAUAAUAAUGGUACCUACACAGCCUCAUUCCUCCUUCUCUGGCCGGGAGAAACAAUGGUCUCUGUUAGGCUCAUUCAUUCCAGUGAGGCCAUCUCUAUUCUUCAUCAAAAGAGGGACAAACGUCCAGAUAAGAUAUACUAUAAUGGUUAUUUUGAAAAGAAUGGAACUAGAGAAACAGUGGAAUGUAACUUUGAUCUUCCAGGAAGAAAUGUCUGUAAAUAUUAUGAUGCUACCACCGGAGAGACAUGGGUUUGUGAAAGGCCAAAGAAACUUCCAUGUGAUGCAUACAAUGAACAUUCCUCAGGAGGCAAGCGGGAUAUUCUAACCAGAGAAGAACAGGCAUUCCUUGCAAUAUCCCUAACUGAUCAGCAAAUCCCAUCACAGAUUCAAACCCUUAAUGUGUCAAAUGCCCAAACCAAUGAUAAAAAGGUUUUGUGCACACCUGGUCUUAAGAACCCCAACCCAUCUGGUUUUUACUAUCAAGAUGUAUGGAUUUCUCGUACUUGCUCAAAACAAAAUUUUAUUCAUCCUUCCGAUGUGGCAGCCUGUCUUAGUGGAAAGCUUCUCUACAUGUUUGGGGAUUCAACACUUCGCCAAUGGUGGGAUUAUCUGGUGGAUUUUGUUCCAUCACUAAAGCAGAUAGAUCUUCAUGUGCAUCACCAGCCAGGACCUCUGCUAGCAACAGACGCAGAACAUAAUUACCUAGUCCAGUGGAGGGUACAUCAGAGGCCUUUACGCAUGGAACGGUUGUGGAUACAGGAAAUGCAUUACAUUGCAUCUGAAUUAGACCAGUUAGGUAAUCGAAAAGGUAUGGUUAUUGUAUUAAACUGCUGGGCACAUUUUCUUUCCUUUCCUGUAGAAAUAUAUGUGCGAAGACUACGUGGAAUUAGAGAUGCUGUGAGUCGACUAUUAAAUCGCAGCCCUGAUACAAAGAUCCUCAUCAAAUCCGCCAAUACUGGGUAUGGUUUUUCCCAUGGCAGUGACUGGUUAUCUUUACAGCUUGAUACUGUCAUGAGAGCUAUGUUUUCUAAGCUUCCAGUCAUCAUACUGGAUGUUUGGGAAAUGACUUCAUGCCACAGAGAUCCAGAAGAUAUUCAUCCCCGUAAAACCAUCAUUAAGAAUGAGGUGGAUUUAAUGCUUUCUUUCAUCUGCCCCAAGUGAUGUUCUGCUUCUGAUUUAAUUUGCCAGACUAGGGUCGAUUCUAACCAUCCUGAAAUUCACUUUCAUUAUAAAAAAGGAGAUCAGACAUUAUUUAUUUUUUUUCCAAACUAUCACAAUCUUUCAGA